CCGAGGGGGUUUCAUUGCAGCCUACCCCACAGCUGUGCAGCGCUCAAAAGCUGCAGCCACUCUCUCCGUCCUCCAGAGGCGAUGCUGGAGUUAGGAGAGACGAGCAGACGGUUAUCAUGCCGUGCACAGGCUUAAAAUAGGGACAAAGUUUUUUACAUUUGGUACUAACCUGCUGUUUUCACCGCUCUCCGACAAAAUGGAAUAUUGGAGGCAGUGUGCGAUGUGGCUGAUCAGCUGCAACGUGCUGCCGGCGAACCACCGGGUGACUGCGGACGCGGCGCAGGUGUUUGACUUGGCGCAAACCCUGCGGGACGGGGUGCUGCUGUGCCAGCUGCUCAACAACUUGAGACCUCACACUAUCAACCUGAAGGAGAUCAAUCUCAGGCCACAGAUGUCACAGUUCCUGUGCUUGAAGAACAUCCGCACAUUCCUGACGUCUUGCUGUGAAGGGUUUGGGAUGAGGAAAAGUAAUUUAUUUGAAGCCUUCGAUCUCUUCGACGUUCGAGACUUUGGAAAGGUUAUGGACACUCUAUCCAAGCUCUCCUACACAGCGACUGCACAGCAAGCAGGAUUCAAGCCGUUUCCAACAGAGGAGAGCCUAAAAGACGAGGACAUUUACAAUAAUCUGGAAGACUUGAUUGAUGAGAAUGCCCCCGAGGACGAGGAUGACUUGUAUGCAGCGGUCUACGGGCUGGAAGAAGACUAUGCUGGUGGAGAGAUCUAUGAAGACCUCAUGAGGACUGAGCUGCAUCCCCCAUUGAAGCAGGUGGAGGUGGAUGUCCGCAGCUGCUGCCUCACAGAGAUCAAACAGACGGAGGAGAAAUACACAGAGACCCUGGAGUCCAUCGAGAAGUAUUUCCUGAAUCCUCUGAGGACAUUUUUCUCUGCGGCUGAAAUUGACAAAGUUUUUGUCAACAUUCCGGACCUGGUUAAAGUUCACAAGAGCCUGAUGGUCGACGUGCAGGACUCCAUCUUAAACAAAAACGCCUUAAAUCUAUACCAGAUUUUCAUCAGCUACAAAGAAAGACUGCUCAUUUAUGGGAUGUACUGCAGUCAGGUGGAGAUCGCCAUCGCCGUGUUAGACCUCAUUUGCAAAGAGAAAGAGGAUGUUCGUCUAAAGCUGGAGGAGUGCUCAAAGAGGGCCAACAAUGGGAGGUUUACACUGAGAGACCUGCUGGUUGUCCCGAUGCAGAGAGUCCUGAAGUACCAUCUGCUUCUUCAGGAGCUCGUGAAACACACUCACGACGCGGCUGACAAGAGCAACUUGAAGAUUGCACUUGAUGCCAUGAAAGACCUGGCUCAGUUUGUCAACGAGGUGAAGAGAGAUAAUGAAACUAUAAGGGAGAUCGACCAAUACCAGAGGUCUAUUGAAAACCUGAAUGAGCCUUUAAUCAUCUACGGUCGACCGAAAGGUGACGGAGAAGUGCGCAUGGUCUCCAGUGUUGACAAGAGGAAACAGGACAGACACAUCUUUCUAUUUGAUGUGGCUGUCAUUGUAUGCAAGAGAAGAGGAGACAACUAUGAGAUGAAGGACAUACUCGACCUAAACUACUUCAAGAUCACCAACAACCCCACCACGGACAGGGAGGGUAAAAAGUGGUGCUACGGGUUCUACGUGACUCACCAGCAGGGGCACACGGGCUUUGAGCUCUUUUUUAAGACCAGAGAGCUGAAGAAGAAGUGGCUGGAUCAGUUUGAAAUGGCCAUAUCAAAUAUUCGACCAGAGAAAGCCAACCACAACACCCACCAGUUCAAGAUGUACACCUUUGAAAGGAUCACUUCCUGUAGUUUCUGUCACCUCUUGCUCAGGGGCAUCUUUAACCAGGGUUACCACUGUCUUAAAUGUGGGCUGGGGGCUCAUAAGGAGUGUCUGGGACGACUGGGAAUCUGUGGGAGAACAGAUUCCGCCAAGCCGAAGCCCAAGGCUCCUUUCCCUCUCCAUCCUCAGGAAAUCACAACUCCACCAGACCCAGGUUUACCCAGGAUGGUUGUGAUCAGAGACUACAGUGGCAUCCCCUGUCCCCAGUGUGGGCCCCCACUAAGCAUUCAUGCGGGGGAUGUCAUUGAACUGAUGUUUGCCGACCUGCACAGCUCCUGGUGGCAGGGAAGAGUUCUGGCGACCAGCAAGAUUGGCUUCUUUCCGAGUGAUGCUGUGAGGCCUUGCCCGUGUGUUCCAAAACCUGUCGAUUACUCUGCCCAGACCUGGUUUGCAGGGCCAAUGGAGAGAUACCAGGCCGAGGUGGAGCUUCUGGACCGAGGAAACAGCACCUAUCUCAUUCGACACAGGAGUAAAGAGUGCACUGAAUAUGCCAUAAGUAUAAAGUUCAACGAUAAAGUCAAGCACAUUAAGAUUCUGACUAAGGAUGGCUGCUUUUACAUCGCUGAGAGCCGGCUGUUCAAGACUGCGCUGGACUUGGUGGAAUACUACAAGCAGCACUCUCUGAAGGAGGGUUUCAGCAGUCUUGACACCACUCUGCAGGUCCCCUAUAGGGAGCUGUCCAAUGGAAACAUGCCCAAGGCCAUUACCAAGGCUGGCAGUGUGUUUUCUCCCAGGGUCGUUGGUAUUGCAGUGGCACGCUAUGACUUCUGCUCCAGAGACACGCGGGAGCUCUCCCUGCAGCAGGGAGACAUUAUCAAGAUCUACACCAAGAUGUCCAAUGGGUGGUGGAAGGGAGAGGCCAACGGCAGGAUGGGCUGGUUCCCCUCUACCUACGUGGAAGAGGAAGACUGACUUUGGGGGGGGGGAUGACAUCAAGUCAGCAUCCAUUCAAAGCCGAGCACUUCCAGCGAGCGCCGUGCUGCUCAGCCGCUCUCUGUGCCCUACAAGUCAGAUCUAUUUGAUAAAACCCAGAGACUCAAACUAAAGAGGAAGAGGCAGUGCCCUCAAAAACCUUCUCCUGCCCUCUGACAGACUCUCACACAGAGUAGAUGUCAAAUCACAGAUUCCAGGAGCGUCACGCCAUAUCUCGCCUCUCUGCGGCCCCGUAUGUCCCCGCGGCCCACUGGGAAGUGCAUGUGCUGUACCCAGAUAACCCUCACCCCCCCCCCCCCCCCCCCCCCUCCCUUCCUGCUCACCUUGUCUUAUUAUUGAUGACUCCAUUGGCUGGUGUGAGACUUGCCUUCACUGUCAUCAUGUUUCAAUACCAGGAAGGCUCAGUCACCCAACUGGAACACAGAUCCUGCUGACAGCGCACCGCGCAGGUACCGCAACUAAUUGAAAUGCAGGAGCUGAGACUGUUGUUGGAACAAUAUAGCCCUCUCUGCUUUUUAUACUUUUGUCUUCAACUUUCUGUCUAAGACUUUUAUUUUUGAACAGUUUAAAUCACUGGACUGAUGUUAACUACUGUAUGUGAUAUUUAUGUCUCCGUUUUGAAACACGGAUGGAAAGGUUUCAGUGCCCGGGACAUGAAGGAUGAGGUCAUGCACAUGUGGUGGGUUUGCAAUUUUAAUGAACUGACAGUCUUGUUGAGCCAGAAGUGAUAUCAUUACAGGAUAAUGUUGUCGUCGAAAGUUUUAAAAUCCACCGCUGAUAAAGCUUUGAUUCCUAUUCUGUUAUCAUUUCUUUCAAAUUCUUUAAAUCACCACCAUGAGACAUUGGAUAGGAUCUGCAACAAUGCUGAGGCCAGCCACCGGGACAGCAACUAUUUCUGCACAGAGAACCGUCUCAGGGAAGCUCAUCAGCUGGUUGUCCUCACCUUGACCUGACAGCAGUCUGUCGUCGUCGCCCACCUCUGAUGGCGUGAUUGUGCUUAUAUUUUUGUUCAGUGUAGUUCACUCUUUCAUUGUUUCCACCCAAAUGUAAAGUGUCAGUUUGACAUUUUAGGAAAUACACUCAUUUGCUCUCUUGCCAAAAAGUUAAAUGAGAAGAUCGAUACCGCUCUCAUAUUUAUAUGUUCAAAAUGAAGCGACUGCCAGCAGCGGGUUAGCUUAAUUUAUCAUGAUGACGGGAUCAGGGGGAACAUGUGGUAAUAUUUCAGAGACUCUGCUGGUUCCAGUCAACCUCACGACGAUGACAAAACUCCAGGAAUUAGUGCGCUUGAGGUGCUGGUAGGUAUGUAUGCUAAGCUAAACCAAGCUUGCUCUGUAUUUACAGUACAUUUUUACACAAGUUGAGUAAAAUAUUCUGUUAGUCUUUCCAUCUUUGAGUCAAACUAACUGCUGGCUGUAGCGUCAUAUUUAAUGGACAGAUAAGAGUGGAAACAGUAUUCUCCUCUAACUCUAGACAAGAAAGUGAAUAAGCGUAAUUCCUAAAAUAUCGAGGUAUUCAUUUACGCCAAACCUGCCUGCAGUUUCGGCUGGCCCCGUGAGACUAAAGUGAAUAUAGUAAAUCAUCAAAAGGAAAAAAAGGAACGCACACUUUGCUAACAUUUCACAUUGUUCCCAUUUUAAUGGCACUAAAGUUAACAAAAGAAGACCCAUUUCUCAUGUUUCAUGCAGUGUGAAAUAAUCAAAGAGAGAUAAUAUGCACAAAGCCAAAUAAGUCUUAAAAGUGCAUGUGUGUGGGGUGCAUUGUGUAACUGGAGGUAGGCCUACGUACUUCAUCUUUUCAUAAUUCAUCGUAGAAACAGGUGUGCCCUUUUUACAUUCCACACAUUUUGUGUUUACCUCGACUCUUUUUUGGUUUCAGAAUGAAUGAUUCAAAGGUGAUGUAACAGCUGUUCACUGUAGAGCAAGGUAGCACGAGGGCGUUAAGUGAUGCUGUUCUUCCUUCAAACGUUAACAUCCCGCCAACCAUGAGUGUGACAUCAAUAUUUAAUAAAAGCAUACUCUUUGAGUUGUACUGUU